UGCAUUGUAAUUGUUUUAAAUAGAACAUGCAUUGUAAUUGCUUUGAAACGAAAUAAGUUCAAAAGUUUAUCAGUAAUUUUAAUCAUCUCUGAAAUAACAGUCAAUUCUUGUAUUUUAUUGCAAACAGGUUUCCAAAAAAAACGAGCUUAUAAUUUAUUAUAACGCGUGUGAUUUUCCAACAAAAUUAUAUCAAAUAUGCCGAAAAGUGUUGAUUUUCAUCAUAGAUGUACAGGAACCUCGUUGAUGUGAACAUGCCCCGCAGAAAAUGGCGAAAACGAAUUAUUGUCGUUUGCUUCGUCGUCAUCGUGCUCGUAUUUAUUUCCGGUCAGGCUUUAAACUCAACCGCUAUCUAUGAAAACCUUGCGAGAAAUCUCAAAGAUUUCUCGGAACUUACACAACUCAGAAAUGAUUCAGUGGUGGAAAGAAUCUCACAAUUUAAAAUACGCAAGUUUGGUUUAGAGCAUUUCUCCCCGAGAGCGAGACGACGCGUUUUUGACGUCGAUUGUGCUGCAAUUAUAAAAGGGAGCAAACCGGAAAUUGAUCGCGCCAAUGAGUUGAUGAACAAUAAAGCAUUUUCACGUAAGGGAAUUUCAGACACUGGUUAUAUCAAUUUAACAAAGAAUUGUGAUACAUUUAAACUUACCCGUGGUUACCAUGGCUUCAUUCAGAAUAAAGAAGAACAGGAAUUCCCAAUUGCGUUCAGCAUUUUGCUGUAUAAGGAGGUGGAACAAGCUGAGCGCCUUUUGCGAGCCUUGUACACUCCUCGGAAUUUCUUCUGCCUGCACGUGGACGGCGAUGCAGCACCGGAAGUUCAUGAGGCCGUGCAGGGAAUAGCGGACUGCCUAGACAAUGUGUUCGUAGUGUCCAAGAAAGAGUUCAUUGUAUACGCCGGAUUUUCGAGGCUCCAGGCGGAUAUUAAUUGCAUGGAAAAUCUUGUAGAACGAGGAAACAAGUGGAAAUAUUUCAUUAAUCUCCCUAGUCAGCAGUUUCCGAUCAAGACAAAUGCGGAACUUAUUGAAAUACUAAAAAUUUACAACGGUGCAAAUGAUAUAGAAGGGCUUACCGGAAACAGACGAUUGGAAAACCGGUUUAAAUUUAGAUAUGUUUAUAAAAGAAAGGAGCCGAAAGAUAUGAAACUCACUUUACAUAAAUCCAAUUAUCUUCGAAUCGAUCCUCCAUUUAAUAUAACGGUAGUAAAAGGAAGUGCAUACGGGGUCUUCACUCGCAAAUUCGUAGAAUUUGUGGUAAAGAGUAAACCACCCCGGGAAAUUCUAGACUGGUUCCGAGAUGUGGACAGUCCGGAUGAAUAUUACUGGGCUUCACUGCAGUAUAAUCCUCAGAUAGGGACCCCUGGAUCAUUUUAUAACGGAAAGCCCGAUGAUAAGCCAUGGCUAGCAGUAUAUGCGGCCUGGGGAGGGGACCCGUGUCAAGGGAAGUUCGUCAGGGGCGUCUGCAUAUUCGGGGUCGGCGAUCUCCAGGAAUUAGUCUCCAAACGCCACCUCUUCGUUAACAAGUUUUUCCUGGAUUAUCAGCCCCUUGGUCUUGACUGUAUCGAGGAAUGGCACCUCAACAGAACGGCAGACCCGAGCCAUUUGUUAGCUUUCAACGACACGUUUUACCAACAGUUACCGUUUAUCAACCCAAAGGCUGCGUGACGCCAGUGAAAACCUGGACUAAGGUCGCUCUGCAUACAAUGUGAAGCGAUUUAUUUAUUUACACGUAUUUAUUUUGUAUUAUGUAGAACAUGCGUUUCACUUUUACAUUAAAAUGAAAUUGUAUGUGCUCAUUACAAAUGAGCUGAGUUGCACCUCACUUUUGUCAAUCCAACUAAGGUGUUCAGCACCAACUUGAGUGUCUCAUAGAUUUUUUUGAUGAUUAUGUUGAUGUGUGAAUACUUUUCAACCAUCUGUACACGAGCGCACACAAGGGCACAUGAUCGAUAGAUAUGAGCAAAAAACGUUCGUUUUUUUUUACCCCGAUAUACUAUUAUGAAAAUCGUAAUCACGACACUUUUUAACUUUUAACUCUGGUCAAUUGUCUUCAUAUGUGCAAUUUUUGUUUGAGAUUUUGUAUCCCUUAACAUCUUUCAUUUUACAACGCAUUUGCAUAACUUUACUCUUUUGAAAUAUGCAAUUAUCCUUUCAUUCCUUUGCACAUAUAUCAUAACUUCAGUUCAAUAAUUAUUUUAUCGAUUCAAUCCUUUGUGUUUUUUUUGUGUUUGUUGUGCCGCUUUGUGUCGCUUUGUAUUGCUCUUGUCUCCAUCGACGUUUUCGUUUUUAAUACUUACGGAAAUUACUUACAAGUAUUAAGUUAUGCAUGUGUUUAUUAAAGCGACGAAUUAUU